AAAACCAGUAUAUAAACCUUCUUCAUAUCCAUCUUCUUCAACAUACCAUCCUCCAUCCUCCGCCUCCCACCACCUUCCACCGUCGUCUCCGCCACCGGAAAAAAUUCCGCACUUCACAUCACCACCAAUGGGUACCGAAUACGAGUACCCGAAAUCCAAAUUCAACCAACAACCGCACAAAGUCGCCAUCCCGCCACCACAACCGUUCAUAAAAUCAUUGAAGAACACGGUCAAGGAAACAUUCUUCCCCGAUGACCCGCUUCGGCAGUUCAAAAACCAGCCUCCGUCACGUAAAUUCGUGCUCGGGGUUCAAUAUGUCUUCCCCAUUUUCGACUGGGCGUCGAGUUAUAACUUGAGUUUCUUUAAAUCUGAUAUAAUCGCGGGUAUUACCAUUGCGAGUUUGGCCAUUCCGCAAGGGAUUAGCUAUGCUAAACUAGCGAACCUCCCCCCGAUUCUCGGGCUGUAUUCGAGCUUCAUUCCACCACUAGUGUAUGCAAUGAUGGGAAGUUCAAAAGAUCUAGCCGUGGGGACGGUGGCUGUGGCAUCGCUACUAAUAGGUUCCAUGUUAGGGGCGGUGGUGAACGCGAACGAAAACCCCAAGUUGUAUCUUCACUUGGCUUUCACGGCGACAUUCUUCGCCGGAGUUUUUCAAGCUUCCCUUGGAUUCUUGAGGCUCGGGUUUAUUGUCGAUUUCUUGUCGCACGCGACCAUCGUUGGGUUCAUGGGUGGUGCUGCGACGGUGGUUUGCUUACAACAGUUGAAAGGAAUACUUGGUCUCGAACACUUCACUCAUGCCACAGAUAUUAUCUCCGUUUUGCGAUCUGUGUUCUCUCAAACCCAUCAGUGGAAGUGGGAGAGUGCAGUUUUGGGUAUUGUCUUCCUGUUCUAUCUCUUGUUCGCUAGAUAUGUGAGCGUAAAGCGCCCGAAGCUAUUUUGGAUAUCUGCAAUGGCUCCAUUAACAUCAGUUAUAUUAGGAAGCAUUCUUGUUUAUCUCACUCAUGCCGAAAAACAUGGUGUUCAAGUGAUUGGAGAAUUAAAGAAAGGUUUAAAUCCUAUUACAAUAGCGGAUUUGUCUUUUGGAUCACAAUAUUUAUCUUCAGCAAUCAAAGUAGGCAUUGUCACGGGUGUCAUUGCACUAGCUGAAGGAAUUGCGGUUGGAAGAAGCUUUGCUAUGUUCAAGAACUACAACAUUGAUGGUAACAAAGAGAUGAUUGCCUUUGGCAUGAUGAACAUUGCUGGUUCAUGCACUUCUUGCUACCUCACUACCGGGCCAUUCUCGCGUUCGGCUGUGAACUUUAAUGCAGGAUGUAAAACCGCGGUAUCAAACAUUGUAAUGGCGGUUGCGGUGAUGUUCACAUUGCUAUUCCUAACUCCAUUGUUUCAUUACACGCCCCUUGUUGUACUGUCUUCCAUUAUCAUCUCGGCUAUGCUUGGUCUUAUUAACUACGAAGAAGCUAUUCACCUAUGGAGUCUAGACAAAUUUGACUUUGUUGUAUGCAUGAGUGCAUACUUUGGUGUUGUUUUUGCGAGUGUUGAGAUUGGAUUAGUUAUUGCGGUUGCAUUGUCGCUACUUAGGGUACUCCUGUUUGUCUCGAGACCAAGAACAUCCACACUAGGUAACAUACCCGAUUCCACAAUUUAUAGAAGCAUGGAUCAAUACCAAAAUGUGAAAACCGUUCCUGGAAUCUUGAUACUCCAAAUUGAUGCACCUAUUUACUUUGCUAACUCAAGUUACUUGAGGGAAAGAAUUUCGAGAUGGGUCGACGAAGAGGAAGAUAGGUUGAAGUCUUCAGGAGAAAAUAGCUUGCAAUAUGUCAUUCUUGCCUUGAGUGCGGUCGGAAACAUUGACACUAGCGGGAUUACGAUGCUUGGGGAGGUUAAAAAGGUUAUGGAAAGAAGAGGGCUAAAGUUGGUUUUGGCAAAUCCGGGAGGAGAGGUGAUAAAGAAGAUGAACAAAGCGAAGUUAAUAGAUGUGAUUGGGCAAGAAUGGAUAUAUCUAACGGUGGGAGAGGCCGUGGGAGCUUGCAACUUCAUGCUUCGCACCUACAAGAAUGUGGAAAAGCCGACUUCAAUUGAACUAGCAUCAAAGAAAGAGACUCGGAAUGACAACAAUGUUUAAGUUAAUGUGGUUAAAUUAUCAUUUGACAAUAUUUUUCGCCAAAGCUUAUUCAUAAGUAUUAAUAAUUUGUAUAUUGAUUACCUUGUUUGCCGACUUCUUCAUUAUGUAACAUGUUUUCUUUUCGGUCACAAUACAAGUAUGUAAAGGAAAACAUGUUAUAAUGACGGAGCUAUGAAAUGAAACUAAGAAUUUGUUUUGGAGCUUAAAAAGACAAAGGUGAAUUGAAUUUGCCAUUCGUUA